UGUCCGCGCGGUGGCGCCACCUACGUACGCAUCCACCCACGUCCCUCCUUCCGGAGCCGAGCGGCCUUACCGUCAAAGCCCCGCGAUGCCAUGGAUCGUCCUCUUUGGCGGCUUCUAGGCACUGAGCCACUAGAGGGCAUCGGUCCCUCCAGGACCAGAUGGCAGGUUCCGGCCUACCGCCAGGCUCUUAAUGGUGCCCGGAAGGGGGCGGGGUGUCCGCCGCCGUCGCUUGGGUCGAAGCUCGGCGGGGGAGGCAGCGGAGCGGCCUGCAUCAUCGGUGCGCGCCCGCGUGUCCCCGGGGCUCUGGGCCUGGAGUGGGAAGUGAGGUGUUAACACACACGUCGCUUUCUGAUGAGCUCAUCGGCUGUGGGCUCGGGGCCCCGGUGCCGUCUGGCCGCUAGCAGCCCGGACCUGUAGUAACGUCGAGGUCUUCCUGCCAUGCACGCACACUGUGGAAACAGGGCAUGGAGUUAGCUCUCCAUAAUGGGAAGAACCUACAUUGUGGAGGAGACUGUCGGCCAGUAUCUUUCAAACAUCAAUCUCCAAGGAAAAGCUUUUGUUUCUGGUCUUUUGAUAGGACAGUGUUCUUCACAAAAGGAUUAUGUGAUUCUUGCCACUAGAACACCACUCAAACAGGAACAAAAUGAGAACCCCAAACAUCCCAAGGCUGUGUUGGAUAAUUUAGAUGAAGAAUGGACUACAGAACAUGCCAACCAGGUAUCCAGAAUGCUCCCUGGAGGACUUUCAGUUCUGGGAAUAUUUAUUGUUACAACUUUGGAACUGGCAAGCGAUUUUCAAAAUGCUCUACGAAGACUAAUAUUUGCUAUGGAAAAAUCCAUGAAUAGAAAAAGACUGUGGAAUUUCACAGAGGAUGAGAUCUCAGAGCGAGUGAUACUUCACAUUUGCUCUUCUACAAAAAAAAUAUCUUGUCGAACUUAUGAUAUCCAUGAUCCAAAGAGUUCAGCAAAACCAGCAGACUGGAAAUAUCAGAAUGGGAUAUCUUCGUCAUGGCUUUCUCUAGAAUGUACCAUUCACCUCAGCAUCCACAUUCCACUCUCCACUACUUCUGUCAGUUAUACUCUAGAGAAAAACACAAAGAAUGGACUUAUACGCUGGGCCAAGCAAAUAGAAAAUGGUGUUUAUUUGAUAAACGGACAAGUUAAAGAUGAAGAUUGUGACCUUAUAGAACAGAAAAGAUCUAAAGGAAAUGCUCAAGCAAGUAGUCCAUUUUGUGAUGUCCGAGUGCUAACACCAUUGCUCCUGAGUUCAGACCACAGAUCCACAGCCACAGUCCAAAUCUGCAGUGGUUCUGUAAACAUAAAGGGUGCGGUGAGGUGCCGAUCUUACAUUCACAACAACAGACCCAAGGUUAAGGAUGCUGUGCAGGCAAUAAAAAGAGAUAUUUUGAACACAGUUGCUGAUCGUUGUGAAAUACUAUUUGAAGAUCUGCUUUUGAAUGAAAUUCCAGAAAAAAAAGAUUCUGAAAAAGAAUUCCAUGUACUCCCUCACCGGGUUUUUGUUCCCAUUGCUGGAUCCACUGUAACAUUAUGUGAUUAUAAAUUUGGUGAUGAAUCAGCUGAAGAGAUCAAAGACCAUUUUAUAGAGAUGUUAGACCAUACAAUUCAAAUAGAAGAUUUGGAAAUUGCCGAGGAAGUAAACGCAGCUUGUCUGACUUCCUCUAUAAAUAGUGAACCUUCAUUGAACAGCACAAAUGAGGAACAGCCAGAGCAACCAAUCAAAAGGACAAUAAUGGUGACAAUCCAGCAACAUACAGGUAUGAUCGCAGCCUUUGCAGUUGCAGUCCUUGCUGCAGGCAUCUCCUUUCACUACUUCAGUGAUUAGGGUGAGACGCAGAGUGCCCUGACCUUCAGAACACAUUGGGCAACAACUGAAACAUAAAGAUAUAAACUAUCCACCUGUAUUUAAGAUGGUAGCAGCAAGGUCUGCUACAAUGCCUUUUAGCUGUUUCUGACUACCGUAAAACCACCAGCUGCCUUGUUUAGCCCUGCUUGUAUUAUAUAUGUGGCUCAGGUUUCCCAAAAUAAAGUUAUAAACCUA